AUGAGCCUGGAGUCUCCAUUCCAGCUCAAGCAAACUAACGUCAGUCGUCCACGUCUUUCGCACUCAGAAUCGCAGCAGAGCAUUGCUGAGUCCCAGGCCGCUUCAGAGGGCUACUACAGCCUCUCUGAGAAUUCGUCGAGCGAGAGUGACGCUCGCCGGCUUCGCCACGCGACACCGCCUUCUCAGUACCGCACGCCAGCAGAGAGCCAUGAGCAUCUGCAGAACCACGACGACGCACCGAUAGCAUCGUUACGAGGAGUCGGCGUCCAGCGCCACCCACCACCCACCACCGACCGGCCCGUCUCCACCAUCGCCGAGGAGCGACCAGACACGCAGGCAAGCAGGCAGCGUCCAAUGGACUCGGAGUCAAUGGCCACCACUCCCGGCUUGGACACGACACCCUACAUUCGCUUUGCCAUCGAUCAGCUCACGCGCGAUGAGGAAGUGCGAGGCAGUCGCAUGUACCCGCAGGGUCAUGAGGAUGCAACAGUAGUGUCCGACGGAGAGCCCGAGGAGACCGAUUACCCAGUCGAGCGGAUAGUGUCCGACGAGAGUUUGGGCUACAUGAACCAGGAUGCUCGGACGCAGGAAAGACUAUCGCGCUACAUGCCCCAGAGGCAGUCACGGCAGGUGCCGCACGCACAGGCAGGUGCGACACAAGAGAAACAGCCAUACCGGGAAAGGGCGCCAGAGCAGGCGCAGAAGGACGUCUUCAUCGCACACGACGUUCCACAUGCACCGCUGAACUUUGUACCUGGGAUCCUGCGCCCUCUCUGGCUGAUUUUGUUCGCCUUCGUCUGCUUGCUCAUGCUUGCAGCCCUCAUAUUCUGCGCCAUCUACUCGAACCGACAGAACGGCGCUGGACUAUGGGAUUACCGUGUGUUCGGCGACAAUCGAUACUUUGUCUUCGAAUAUCUACCCACCCUGCUUGGUGCGCUCAUUCUUCUAUGGCUCAUCCAGGUGCAAGUGGCAUUACAGCGAGUGGUGCCCUUCACCGCCAUGGCCUCCGACCAGUACCACCCACGAUCCGAGGCCAUAUUUCUGCAGCUUUACCCCACGCAGUUCCUACUUCCUCGCAUGGAGUACUUCCGCGCCGGACAGCCAGUAGUCGGCGUUUGCUUUCUUAUCUUCUGGCUUUUCCAAUGGACGAUACCCCUUCUUGCAUCUUCUUUCAACGUACGAUAUGACCUUAGCAGAGCAGUCUGGCGGUGGGUCGCUGUGCAGGGCGUUAUUUGGACGGUCGUCGUCCUUUACAUACUACUGGUGUUGGCACUACUGGUGCUGCUGGUGGUCCUUCGCAAGCCCACUGGCUUGAAGUGGGAUCCCCGCUCUUUGGCCGAUAUUGUCGCACUGCUAGAGCGAUCAAAUAUCACAAGCGACUACAGCGGGGCCGAGACCUUUGAGAAACGGGACUUCGACAAUCUGAGAGGGCGGUCAGACCGCUUGGGAUACUGGAGUACGACAAGACGCCCAAAUGACAUCUUCCACGGCAUCGGAGAAGAAGGCGUCCCAACGCGAAGAUACUCUAUCGAGGAUGGACGCAUCCGCGAGAAAGGCGGGGAGCGCACAUAUCCGGACCCAGCUGAUGAACGACAAAGCCACCGCCCAAGCGACUUCUCCAUCCGCAUGGACAUCCGCAGCCCCAGCGUCCGUCUGCGAUACCUCCCCUGGUGGCUACGCACCUCAGCCGUGCUCCUCUGGAUCGUCACCGCGAUGGUGCUCCUAGUUGCCUUCCUCGUUAUCAGUUUCGUCAACAGCGCCGUCCGCCUCGGCUUCCUGCCGCAGGUCUUCGCCCGCACCAACGCCGCCGGCUUCUCCGCCUCCAACUUCCUCUAUUCCUUCGUCCCCGCCCUCAUCGGCCACAUCCUUUUUCUCAUCCUCCUCACCUUCGACUACACCCUCCGCGUCCUCCGCCCCUACAUCUCGCUCGCCUCCAAAGGCGGCGCCACAGCCGAGACGUCCCUCCUUGUCGACUACGCCGCCCGCCUCCCCCUCUCCGCCACCUUCGCUGCCCUCGAAAACCAGCACUACCAAACCGCCAUCCUAUCCCUCGUCUCCCUCUUCUCCCUCGCCAUCCCCGUCCUCGCAGGUGGCUGCUUCUGGACACAGUACUACCCCAACUCGGACGUCGUCCGCGUCGCCGCCGAGCUGCCGGGCUUCUACGCGCUGUGCUUUUUUCUUGCGCUGUACGGCAUCACACUGUUGGCGCUCUGGCCGAGCCGCCGCCUGGCCGCCCUCCCACACCGCAGCACCGCACUCGCGGAGAUUAUUAGCUGGGUGUACCAGUCGCCGCUACUGGCGGAUCGCGCAUUCAACCGCCCGCAAACCAAGCCGGAGCUUGUGGCAAGGCUGAUGGGGAGCGCGUAUGCGGAACGCUCGUGGGCGCAGUCUGUAACUUCUCUGAUCCGUCCCAGCCGGGAUAAUUUGAGGGAACAGAGUGCUCGGCGGGGAAAGAAGCAGGGCGAGAAAGCGGGUGACACGCACCCGGGAAAGACGCGGUACGGCUUCGGCAUCCACAUUGGCCGGGAUGGCCUGGAGCACUUGGGUAUUGACCGCGUAAGGCGCGGAGGCGAGAGGUCUGGCCGCGAGAUGGUUAUCUGGGAGGAGCAGCAGAGGAAGAGUUGGGUUUCUACGGCAUAGAUCCGAAAGGGAGCCGAUUAAAAUGUUUUGAGUGGAGCGUUUUUGGAUUUUGGCGUAAGACAUGAGCAUAUAGGACACCGGUUACGGAUCACGGAUUACGGCAUGGCAUGGUAUGGCAUCUAAACGUUCACGACUUUGUUUCAGCAAGAAAGGUGUGUAUAGGAUUGGGCGGACAAUGUGUAUAAUGAGUACGGGACUGGAGUAAUGCGGACUGCACAUACUAAGCG